AUGUUAGCCAAUCCACAUAGCAAUCUGCAUGAGCGCUAUCGACAACAUCGUCGGCAGAUCUCGACUCCCAAUGCGCUGGAAGCCGCCAAAGUUCCUACUCUUCCAGCACAGGCAUUGCAGCGAAUCAAUGCGCAUCGCCGUGGACAGAGUCUCGACCAACGACCUUUGCAUGUCCAACGUCCUCGACCUAUGCACGAUGGGGCCGUUUCCAUUACUAACGCAACAGCAACUCAGCAAGCCCAAAUCCUUACGGGGGGAGCACAUCAUUCCCGAUUCUCGCAGUCGGCGCACUUCCCUCAGCAUUCUUCUCCCAUGCCUGUGAUGCCUGAAUGCCCGUCUUUGACCUCAGAAGACCUGCAAGCAUUAUCCAAUUCUACCAGCAAUGCGAACCAUCCAGCCAUGGCUUACAUGAAUUCGAGCUUCAUUACCAUGGGAAACCCGAGCUUGGGGAUUCGAGCAAUGGAUAACAAUCUCAACCUGAUACAACAGCAGCAACUGCAAAAUGCUCACGUCUCAUGCGUUAAUGGUCUCGAUGGCCAAAUCCUCGACAACGGUGCCUGGAAUUUCUACCAGCAAGGCCAUCUCCCUACGACGCUCCGGCCUCAAGUCAACAACCUUUCGGCCGAUGGGAGACGACAGUCUGUUCAGUCAGAUAUCAGCCCCUCGCAACGACCGCAUACCCCCAAGCAGACAAAUACGAAUUACUUUCCCAUAACGCCAGCGACAACCCCGUUCAAGAAACCAGCGGAACUUGCUCAGUAUAGUACGGACAUGCAGUCCACCCCCUCCAAGGAGACAGGCCGCAGUGCACCCUCAUCGGCAUACAUGCAACGAGCCAAGUCCCUCCAAGGAGUUGCGGGGUCUACCUUUUCUAACUCCAAAAUCGAGAUGCCUUCCCCCCCGAACACUGCUUCAUUUGAAAUUGACAGUUUUGAUGCGUUUGGCAGUCAACAGGGUUCCAGUUUCGAAAUCUCCGAGUCAGAGAAUUUAUCGCAGAGUCACUAUGCCUCCUCGUCAGCAACCUCGUCCUUUCAAUCCUCCCCAGAGCUAGCCGCCAUGCCAAGCCCCGAUGACAAUCAUGAGAAAGCUCAGAAACUGCCCAUCUUUCCUGCCGCGUCCAGUCGGGCCCACAGGAAGGCGCUGAGUACCACCUCCAGCUCUUCCUUGACGAAACCCCGGCUUUCUCCAAGAGUGGCGUCCAUUGAUAGCCUUAACCUUGAUGCUAGGGUUCAUGCUUCUAUCAAAGAGACUGGAAUCACCAUCGAUGAGAUCGCUUCCUACAUCUCUGGCCCCGACCCGGAGGACGGAAAGUGGGUUUGCCUUCACCCCGGCUGCGAGCGACGGUUCGGAAGAAAAGAGAACAUCAAGUCACACGUCCAGACCCACCUUGGUGAUCGCCAAUAUAAGUGCGAUCAUUGCAACAAGUGCUUCGUUCGGGGACAUGACCUGAAGCGUCACGCCAAGAUUCACACUGGAGACAAACCAUAUGAAUGUCUUUGUGGCAACGUAUUCGCUAGGCAUGAUGCUCUGACUCGGCACAGACAACGAGGAAUGUGCAUCGGCGGUUACAAGGGUAUUGUGCGCAAGACAACAAAACGUGGCCGUCCAAAGAAACAUCGACCCGAGUUGGAGGAGAGACAGGACAAGGCGGCUAAGACACGCCAGAGAGUCGCCGAGAAGAUAUUCCUUCACUCCUCGUCCGGAUCUGUUGACUCCCCCAACUCGCCGCCUUCUGAAAUCCUUGAGAGUAUGAGUCUUCACGGUGGAUCCAGCCCCAAAGAGGAUAUGCCCGUGUUCAGCCAACCCAACUUUUCGUUGCCUCCAUCGGCGUUUACUUUCACACCUCCUGCGUCUCCGCGACAGAGCCUUGGAAACCAGCCAUCGCCCACUCAGAGUCGCCGCUCACUCACACCCAGUAGCGAGGAUGAAAUGCUGCCUUUGUCACCAUCCAAGCGUCCCCUCGAGAAGAUUGUUGAAGAACCGAGCCUGCCUUUCAUUUCGAAUGCCAAUCCGUAUACCGAUAUUGCUACCUCCACCGCCGAGCUGUCUUCUCCACAUACAGCUCCCACCUUGGCAGAUUCGUCUCACGGCUCCGACCUCGAUAUCUUCAUCAGCCCGGACAGCUCCGCCAACUUCAAACAUGAAUUUCCUGAUCUGAGUGACCCUGACAUGGCCGCUUUUCCCGACUAUGUCAACGGGUCUACUUUCGAGCCCGGACUGGAUCUGUUUUCGAGCAAGACCUUCUCUGCAGGUACCUCUAUGAACGACGACUUCUUUUCACUCCAAUUUCAGGUUGAUGAUAUGACCAAAGAGUUCUUCAUGGACUGCUAG